GGGCGGAGUGCUGCAUGUGACUAUGUUAUCCCCGGUUCUAAGUGUAUUUGCCGGUCACCGUGGCUAGUUGGGGUAGGGCGGUAGUGUCUACGUGAAGGGCGCUAAUGGAACGGCUCACGGUGAUGUGUCCGUGCAAUGUGUACCUGUCAUCCUGAGAGUGGUCACUUUAAGAAUGGCGGACCCGGCAUUGUGUGCUCCCCUCGGCCUCCUGACCUUACUGACACCGUAAGCUGGGCAAUAACGGUACAUUAUGCGGAGCUGCAGGGGAGACUGACUGCUUACAAUGUUCAUAUUUGAAUGACAAGUUGGAUAGCUGUUACUGGGAUCAUAAUCGCUUCUUGGAGUGUUUGGCAGACUUGCUUUUGCUCAACAAAAUGACUGAGAAGUAUGAAACCCCAGAGACCUACAUGCUGACCGGAGAGGAAGAAAUAGAGUUUGAUGAGGGCGGAGAUUAUUUUUCCGAAGAGGAGGAGUGGGACAGUUUUAAUGAUGAGCAAAGAGAGGAUGAAGACGACGACGAUGAGAUGAUGAUGGUGAACUACAAGACCCUCAGGUCCUUGGUAAAAGACCAUAAGGCACGGGAUCAGAAAUACAGUGACAUAGCUAAGUGGAAGGUACGAGAGCGAGCAGAGAGAUACACACUGGAGGAAAAAGAGGUGCUGAUCAGGGAAGUAAUGGCAAGAGAGGACAUUUUAUGGAACAAGAACCCUUCUUCUAGAGAGAGGUCUAAGGCCUGGCGGGAGAUCACAGCGGCGGUCUGCAAGGUGGGGCGCAUCAGGGCUGUGGCAUCGGUGAAACACAGGUUCCACGACUGCCGGUUGGAAGUGAAGAAAAAGAUGGCACAGGAAGCAUGUGGCAAAGAGCUGAAAUUUGCCCCCUGGGAGGAACUAUUAAGACAUCAUUUGGCUAAGAUUCCAAUAAUGGACAUAAUAAAGCAAACCGCACAUCAUCACUCUAAUGCAAAAGAUCGUAAGAUGCCGGCUAGAAAAUAUUCUGAAGUAACCAGGUGGAAGGAAAGAGAAAGAGCAGAGAGAUAUACUGCAGAGGAAAAAGAGCUACUGGUCAGGGAAGUGUUGGCGAGGGAAGACGUUUUAUGGAACAAGAACCCUUCUUCUAGAGAGAGGACCAAGGCGUGGCAAGAGAUCACAGCAGCGGUUUGCCGAAUGGGGCGCACUCGACCUGUCUCAUCCGUAAAGCACAGAUUUCUGGACUGUCGGUUGGAAGUGAAGAGAAAGCUAGAGAAGGCAGCAAAUGGAAAAGAGGUGACAUUUUUCUCCUGGGAGGAACCACUAAAGGGUCACUUGGCCAGGACUAUGGCUGCUGAUGCCGAAGAGCCUUCAGUACCACAGCCUGAGGCUACAGCAACUACACGUCCUGCCGAACGGGAUUACGUCACCAAAAGAAUAAACUUGUAUUUCACUGCAACUAAACCACGUAGCCUUCCCAGGCAGCAGUUGGCCCAGGUGGUAGUGAUGGACACUGGAGGGUAUUCCCCUCAGCCUUCUGAAGAAUCCCAAGAUGACCAAGAGGAAGAAUAUCAGCAGUCUGAAUCCCUAUAAAAAGACCAGGAGUGAGAAAUAGACAGUUGCUCAGAUUCAUUGAACCUUUUUCUCACAGCAAGCUGCUUCUGUGAGAUGUGUCCGUUGUUAAAGGUUCCUCAUGGAAAUCAAGAAAAGAAAAUGAACUGUUGAAAUCUCUUAUUCUUGAUUUAACGGCGUUCCCACAAUUCUGGCUGGGAAAGCGAGGCGCACCGUACAAUUUCGUACGUCUUGAAACCUAAGACUUUAUAAACUUUAUAUUUUGUAUAUAUCAUUACAUUUAGAAUACAUUUUUUUUAAAAACGUAA